AUGGGACAACCGAAUAUGGCCCUGUUUUGGGCCAUAGUCCUGUAUUCGAUAUUGGUUCAGGCUGAAGUAAGUUUUUUGCAUUCUGAUGACAAUUUUAAUAUAAUCGUUUAGAAGUCGCAGAAUGUCACAGAAAUCCCUUACAUCCUAACUGGAGUCUCCAUGAAUUGUCCCGCUGGUUGGGACUUGGUGGGCGACAAGUGUUUUCGGGCCUUUAAUUCCGAAAAAUCGUGGCCACAGGCUUUAAUUUUCUGCGAAAGGUAAGGAAUUUCAAUUGGAGAGGUUUGAAAAUAUGGAAAACUGACCUUAUAUGCAUCGUUUCAUUUACAUUAUUAUCAUCACUGUAUAUUUUACAUUUUUUUAAAAUUCUUUUAUUGAAUAGCUUGGUAUUUGCUCAUAAACCCCCGACAAAAGCACCGUCGAUGUCAGAUCUGAGGUUUCGAUAAAGUUCUUGCUUAUUUUUUGAGCCAUUAAUCGGGGCAAAUGCGAGAUAAAAUCAGAUCCCCAAUUUUUGGCGCACAACCGAGCUGUUUUUGGGUUAAUGCCGGUACAAAAAGAAUGCUGAUCAAUGAGCAAACCACACUUCAUCAAAAAUAAUUAUGAUUCACAAAUCCACAAAGCUGACGAAUUAAAAAUCGGUUACUUUCAGAUACGGAGCUCUCCUAGCCAAAGUUGAAUCAGCGGCCGAAAAUGAAUUCCUCGGCCGAAUCAUCUCCCGACCGACCAAAAGUUCGGCUCUCUCCAAACACUGGAUUGGUCUGAUCACCGAGAAGUCGACAGAAGAUGAAGGUUCUUUCGUGUGGUCAGAUGGCUCCGUGGUCAGCCGAUUCGUCGGAUUUUGGGCUAAACAACAACCAGAUUUUGGGAAUGGAAACUGUGUUCAAGCAGGUGUCAACUCUGAGAAGUUGGCUGAAUGGCAAAUGGAGAUGUGCAAUCUGAUGUCGCCGUUCGUUUGUCAACUCAAUGCAUGUGUCUCAGGGUCGUUUCAUUGCGGAAACGGCAAAUGUGUCUCAGAAAAGGCGCACUGUAAUGGGCAUAAUGAAUGUGGCGACUAUUCGGAUGAGUUGAAUUGCCCCGCACCUCAUGGACAAGUUGCUUGUUUGCAUUACGAAAAAAGUGAAAACGGGAAAAUCGAGUCUCCAAAUUUCCCAUCAAGUUAUGGACCAAAUUUGGACUGUAGAUGGGUGAUUGAAGGCCCAAUCAACUCGAGGAUUAUGGUGUGUUUAUAUGACUUUAUAAUGUGACGAAUAUCUCUGUAGUGACUCUAUGUUGCGCAAUCAUAAUUUACUUUUCAUUUCAGGUCACCUUUGAUCAAUUCGAGACCGAACUGAACCAAGAUUUGGUCACCGUCUUGGACGGAGGACCAUCUGAGAAUUCAACCCUGGUUCUCGAUCAUUUGUCUGGGUCUCCUCAAAGCAGUCGUCUUUCUCUGAUAACCUCAACGAAUAUGUUAACGGUCCAAUUCAGAUCGGACGCUUUGGUUCAAGCUCGUGGAUUCAAAGCUUCCUGGAGAGCCGUUCCGUUUUCUUGUGGAGGUAGUUUGAAGGCCCAUCUUUUCUCUCAGACAUUCUCAAGUCCAAGACCUUAUCCAGCUGGAGGAGAGUGCGUGUGGAAGAUUGAGGCACCCGAGGAUCAAGUUAUCUCGUUAAAUGUAAGGACAGAUACACAAUGUUAAAUAUUCCCUUUAAGAAGUUGAAUAAUAAAGCCGGACCCCUUUUAGAUUGAAGAAUUCGACAUCAAACCAGGAAAGGAUCAACUGAUUAUCUACGACGGUCCCCAUCCAUCCUCUCCCAUCCUCUCCAGAUUGGCUGGAAAUCUCUCAAAUCAGCUUGUAAUCUCGACGCAGAACUUCCUUUACAUUUAUUUCUACAGUAGCCAAGCUGAUUCCACAAAUGGCUUCACAAUUCAUUACAAGAAAGGAUGUAACAAUACUAUCAAAUAUAAUCACGGUAAUCUUCUCUCGCCUGGGAACGGAAUCAUCCCAUAUCCGGCCUCUCAGAUAUGCAGAUAUGUCAUUGAUCUCGGUGAGGGCAUGAGCGAUCGACCCAUUUCUAUUGACUUCAACACAUUCGAUGUUCAGAAUGACGACGUUUUGAAGAUGUUUGAUGGAGAUGUUAAUGCUACGGUAUUACAUGAAGGGAAAGGAUUUACGGAAGGAAGAAAUCCACCAAAGAAGUUGCACUCAACGAAGGGAAAGGUGGCCAUUGUUUUUGAGACCAAUGCCAUGAAACAAGCGAACGGGUGGAAUUUGACUUUCUCGGCCAGUAAGUUUUGUAUUUCUGUGAAACUAAACAGUUCAGAAAUGAUUUUAAUAAUGGCCUUAUUUAGACUGUCCUCCCCUCAAAGCGCCCAAAACAGUGUUCCUGACAACCCAAAGCACCUCUUUUGGAACCAAAGUAACUGUCAGUUGUCAAACCGGCUAUGAAUUUACAAACGGAAUUGGUCAUCGAUUUGAUAUCUCAUGUGAUCUUGGCGGCAAAUGGUCCAACGAUUACAUCCCCAACUGCCAACGUAUGUCUUGCUCUCAAGAAAUUUAUUUUAAUUCGUGUUUCAGCCGUCUACUGCUCAGCCGUUCCCCAAAUCGCAAAUGGCUAUGCAGUUGCGGCCACGAAUGUCUCGUACGGAGGAAUCGCCAAGUUCAAAUGUUAUGAUGGAUUCCAUUUCAAGUCAGGCAAAGACACCGAAGAGAUCUACUGCAAAACAGAAGGAUGGACUGAGACCCCCAAAUGCCUGGCCGAGAUCUGCCCCGCAUUGCCGACCUUUUUGAACGGAGAAAGAACCCUAAAGUUUGGAGAUGCUACUGGAUAUGGAACUGUCUAUGAAUUCAGUUGUGCUCCUGGAUAUAGACAUAAUGGACCGAACACAAUCUUGUGUCAGAGUGAUGGGAAAUGGUCCGCUCAACAGCCGGUCUGCAAAAGUAGGUCGGAGCGCUAAAUCAAUAUAAAUUUUUUUGACACUUCGUUGAAUUAACAAAAUGACACGAAAAUUACGCAUUGGGAAAAGCAGUCGAUAAUUUUGACAAUUUUUCUAAAAGCCCUUUCCCAGAAUAUUAGUAAAAGUUUGCAAAAGUAGAACUCGUUCUAGAUUAACCCUUUGUUUAAUUCAGAACGAAUCUGCCCGAAUAUCCCUCAAAUCGAGAACGGCAGAAUCGUGGUUCCCCCCACUGGAGCUCUGGAAUUUGGAGAUUCGGCCAGAGUGGAAUGCAACCCUGGAUUCAGAAGCACUGGGGCUGAUUCCGUGAAGUGUUUGGCCAACCAAACGUUGAGUGAAGUCCCCGAAUGUCGUGAUGUGGAUGAGUGUGUCGAGGCUAUCGCUUCUUGCGUUACGAAAAGCACAAAGUGCCUUAACUUGGAGGGAGGAUACACCUGCCAAUGUUUGGAUGGAUUCAAACCUCAACUGAGUAAGUCGGCAUUGCUUUAGGUAUCUCAAGAUGGGAAGACCUCGGAUUUUGCAUUUGAAUUACUAUUCAUUUUUUUCAGCUUGCCCUUCCUUCCAUGUUCUUUCUCCCAGCUUGGUAAAGACCAGCAGUUCGGCCAUCUUCAACAUGUCCUCGGUUACUUUCUGUGCAGAGAAGUCGGAUGAUAAGCGUUACCUGGAAUUUGAAUUCCCGGCACCAAAAGUCCUUGAAAGAAUUCGUUUUGAGAAAACCGAGGAUGGAGUUCCCCUCGCCAUUUCUGUUUCCUACUCUCCGGACCUGAAGUCUCGUCUUCGAUCAAUCGAAGAUCUUCUUGAAAUCCCGCUGAAGAAUGUGGAUAUGGCCGGGAGUCAAGUCGUUGUUCUGAAGACCCCUGUCGAAGCGCAAAGAGUUCGUGUUCGAUUGGAUAGAUUCAAAGACAGUGCCUGUGCUCGGAUUGAAUUAAUGGGAUGUCAAAAGACGAAUUGUGUGGACAUCGACGAAUGUGAGGUCGCCAAUGGAUACUGCGAUCAUCAAUGUCAUAAUACUGUUGGUGGAUUUAAAUGCUCAUGCAGGGAUGGAUACGAUCUGUUUGUUGAGAAUGGACAAGGCGGUGCGAUGUUGAAAGAGGGAGAGACUGGAUUGGAUAAUUUGGAUAUGAUCAGAUAUAAUAAGACUUGUGUCCCAAGAAAGUGCCCGAAAGUCGAAGCACCAGCCCAUGGAAAAGUCAUAAAUUUGGGCAAGGAAUUUGCCCAUCCCAAUGUAUUGGAGUUCAGAUGUGAUCAUGGGUAUCAGAUCAGGGGGAGUCCUUUUCUUCAGUGCACUUCUGAUGGGGUUUGGAAUGGAACGGUGCCCACUUGUACUCGUAAGUAAUCAAAACUCAAUGUCUUAAAAAAGAAAUUUUGAUUAGCAUUCUGGAAUUUUUAUUUUUAGCUGCCGUUUGCGAAGGAGUCCAAAACAACACCUCGAUUGGAAUGUUUGUGACCGAAGACAAGCCUUAUGUUCCCUACGGUGAUAACGUUACGGUCGUCUGUACCCAGCAGAAUCGUCCUAUCAAACAGUCCCCCUUAGGAGGUCUCCGCCAAUGUAUUUAUGAUCCCCGUCCGGAUGGAAUGGAUUAUUGGCUGUCGGGCCCUGAAGCAACUUGCCCGUUAGUUGAAUGUGGACCGCCUCCAGCGUUGGCCGGCGCCUUUUAUGAGGGUGAAGAUGCGAAUUUCAAAGUGGGAUCAUCCUUGGCAUUCAACUGUCGCCCCCCUUAUUCCCUUCUCGGGAAGAGCUCUUAUGAUGAUCGGAUUGCCAGGUGUAAUGUCGAUGGGUCAUGGGAUUUGGGGGAUAUGAGAUGUGAAGGCCCGGUUUGUGUGGAUCCCGGACAUCCUGAGGCCGGGCAAACUUUUCUGAAUUCAGUUGAGGAAGGAGCGGUUGCCAAAUUUACUUGUGACCGGCCUGGCUACAAGCCUUAUGCCUAUGACGCCAUCAAUUGUACAUUGGGAACGUCUUGUCUACUCAGUGAAGAUGUUGGUAUUUCCAAUGGAUACAUCCCGGAUGGCGCCUUCUCGGACUCCGAUACCAAGACCAUGUGGGGAUAUGAACCACAUAAGGCGAGAAUGUCUUCAACUGGAUGGUGUGGAAGUAAAGACGCUUUCAUCUUCCUCUCCGUCGAUCUUCAACGCAUCUACACUCUGAAUACUCUUCGGAUUGCGGGUGUUGCUGGCAGUGGAUAUCUCCGAGGUCAUGUUACGAAGCUGCAGCUCUUCUAUAAAGUCCAAUUCAGCCAGAACUACGAUACUUAUCCAGUGGAGUUUGAAACGGCUCCUGGAAAUCACAAUAAGAUGUAUCAAUUCCAUCUCGAGCCUCCAAUCAAGGCCAGAUAUGUUCUUCUUGGAGUCACCGAAUACGAAGAGAACCCUUGUCUGAAAUUCGACAUGCACGGAUGUUUGGCCCCAUUGUCGACUGCUCAUGAGAUCCCCUCACAUCUUCAGGUUGGGUGGAAUGCCAGUGUUCCCCAAUGUAUUGAUGCGGAGCCUCCACAGUUUAUCAAUUGCCCAGCCAAUCCCAUCUUUGCGCAGACCGAUGAAUUUGGCCAGAUCCUCCCAAUCAAGUACAAUGUCCCGGAUGUCCAUGACAACUCUGGUGUGGUUGCGUAUGUCAAAGUUGAACCAAAAGAUGUCCAGCCUCCAUUCCACAUUCAUGCUCCGUUAGAUGUCAAGUAUACGGCCUAUGAUGAAGCUGGCAACUUUGCUGAGUGCACUGUUCAACUGAGAGUUCCCGAUACCCAACCUCCAGCCAUGAAAUGUCCAGAGUCUUAUUCCGUGUACACUUCGGGCAAUGAAACUUCAAAACAUGUCGUAUUUAACGAGUCAACGGUUCAUGUUGUUAUGCAUGAUUCGUCCAACAUUACGGAGUUCACAAUCUCUCCAUCUGAGACUGAAAUUAAUCUCUUUUCCGCUGUCGAUGUGGAAGCGGUGGCAACAGAUAGUCACAAUAACAGGGCCAGUUGUAAAUUCCAGGUCGCUUUGUUACGUAAGUUUAUCUUCAAAUUUUAUACAUAAUUUUUUAUUUUGGGUGUCUACGAUAAUAUCAUUUUAGCCGAACCGUGUACCGAAGCGUCCCUUCGUACUGAUGAUCAUACGAUCAAGAAGUGCUCUACAGAGAAUAAUCAGACCAGUUGCAUCAUCAAAUGUAAGAGUGGCUAUCGAUUUGUGAACUCAUCCAUCGAAGAAGUGAAGUAUUCUUGUUCUCCGUCCCUCGAAUGGUCCCCUAAAUCUCAUCCUCCAGCCUGUGUCCGCAAGUCUGAAGAGCCUGCUCGGUAUGAAUUCCAAGUCUCGGUCGAUUACAGCAGCAGUAUCCCGGCGAGAGAUGAAUGUAUGAAGCCCUACGCUGACGCUGUUGCCAACGCAUUCGAGACUCUGGAUGCAUCGUUAACUCAGAAGUGCUCCAGUUCCGUACAAGUCUAUGUCCGCUUUCUUGGUGCUCGGUUUAUGGUUGAUCCAAGUAACAAUAAGAUGGUCAAGGCUAAUUUCACGGUUCAAAUCUUACCAACUGUUCUUCAAGAAGUCUUCUACGAACUCUGCGGACUCACCUUAUCGACCAUCUUUGAUCUAAAGAUCCCUGGAGCUACACUUCCAAUUAAAACGCUUCUUCAAUUGCCAAAUGGAGGCCUGAAUGCUCCAACUUGCAUGCCAAUGAAUGCCGUUUCCACCAAGAUCCAUCAAGGAUUUGCUUGUUCGAAGGGCGAGAUCUUGAAUAAGGAAGGAACUGAUCUUCCUGAAUGCAGUAAGUAAACGAUAGAUUGAUUAUUUCACAUUUUGUGGUCUUACUGUAUUUACCCUUCACAUUUUUAGUCCCGUGUGCCAAAGGGUCGGUGUUUGCUGGCUCUUCUUGUGUCCUCUGUCCACCUGGAAGUUAUCAAGACAAGGAUGGCCAACAAGAAUGCAAGAAAUGCCCUGAAGGAACGUUUACUCGAACUUCUGGUACCACCUCAAGAUCUGGAUGUCUGGCUGUUUGUGGAAAUGGAAUGUUCAGUGAAUCCGGUCUGAUUCCAUGUCAACUUUGUCCUCGUCACACUUUCGCCGGCCCCCCUCUCCCCGGAGGUUACAAGACUUGCGAUGCUUGCCCUGAGGGCACUUACACAGCCAACUUGGGAGCCACAGGUCCAAGUCACUGUAAACAGCCGUGUAAGCCAGGAUUCUUCUCCGAAUCCGGCCUCGAACCAUGUUCUCCGUGCCCCUUGAACUUCUAUCAGACUAGUCUGGGACAACAGAGAUGUAUUGAGUGUGCCAAUAAUACGAUUACUCAUGAAGUUGGACGAGCUAUUGAAGAAGAAUGCAAACCUUUGGAAUGCACUGGAGUCAAAUGUCAGAACAAGGGAGUGUGCGCGAUCGCCAAUCACAAGACCAUUUGUGAAUGCCGGCCCGGAUUCACAGGAGAAUUCUGUGAAGAACAAGUGCCCAUUUGUGAUACGAACCCCUGUCUGAAUGGUGCUACUUGUGAGAAUGUCGCUGGCACUUUCAGAUGUAUUUGCCCACAAAGUAAGGGCUAUUUUUUAAUUAAAUUUUUUUUGGAAUUGAUUGGUUCUAAAAUUUUUUUAGACUUUACUGGAUCCCGUUGUCAAUUUGGCCCUGAUGAAUGUAUCGGAGUCAACUGUCCAAAUGGAGGUGUUUGCCAGGAUCUCCCAGGAGUUGGAACUUACAAAUGUGUCUGCCGAACCGGCUUUAUUGGCCACGAUUGUUCCGAAAUAGCCGACCUUUGCCAAUCCGAUAACCCUUGCAAGAAUGGGGCUGAUUGUGUUCCCUUGCAGCUCGGUAGAUAUAAAUGUAAAUGUCUGCCUGGAUGGGAAGGACCGACCUGCGAAAGGAAUAUCGGUGGGUUAUUUUUGGUGCCUUUGCGUGAUGUUUUCGAAAUUUGGGGGAGAAAUGUCAUGUUAGGAGUAGUCAAAUCAAAAUUUUUUUUGCAAUGA